CCUCCGCCACCUGCUGCCCGCCCGGCCACCUGCCCGCGCGCCGCGCCCGACAUGGCUGGCAAAGCACACAGGCUAAGUGCUGAGGAGAGAGACCAGCUGCUGCCAAACCUGAGGGCUGUGGGGUGGAAUGAGAUGGAAGGCCGAGACGCCAUCUUCAAGCAGUUCCAUUUCAAAGACUUCAAUAGGGCUUUUGGCUUCAUGACCAGAGUGGCCCUGCAGGCAGAGAAGCUGGACCACCAUCCUGAGUGGUUUAACAUGUACAACAAGGUGCACAUCACCCUGAGCACCCAUGAAUGUGCGGGCCUUUCAGAACGGGACAUAAAUCUGGCCAGCUUCAUCGAACAAGUAGCAGUGUCCAUGACAUAGACCCUGCCCUUCUUUGCAUUCUUCAGGGGAAGGGCGGGUGACUGAACUGGGAAUCCAGGUAGGGAGCCCUUGGUCCCUGAGACUGCUGAAGUCGUCUCUCCUGUGUCCACCCUUCUUGCCUCCAUGUAGGGGCAGAGUCCAUGUUGUGGGAAGAUGGCAGCGUCACUGCCAACACCAGGAACUGAGCCCCUUCCCCUCUGCCACUCUUCAUCCUUGGGCUGUUACAUUAGAGUGAGCCCUUCCUUUCCUGGCAGGUUCCCAACAACAAUAGUGAUUUGCUUCCCAGGAUGUGUCUUGAUCCCAAAUCCGUUUCCCAAGCAGCUGUGACACAGGGUGAAAUAAAAUCCUAUCUUAGGAAACA